CCCCCCCUCACCCCCCCUGCUAGGCCUGAAAGUCGACCGGGGCGCAGCCAAGAUGGCGGGCUACCUGUCACAUCGGCAGAAAGUGCUGCGGCUCUACAAGCGAGCCAUGCGGCACCUCGAGUCCUGGUGUAUCUAUCGGGAUAAGUAUAGAUACUAUGCCUGUCUGAUGAGAGCACGAUUUGAUGAACAUAAGGAUGAAAAAGACAUGGUUAAAGCAACCAAGCUGUUGAUGGCCGCUGAAGAAGAAUUUUGGGAAAGGCAACAUCCUCAACCGUACAUCUUUCCUGACUCUCCAGGUGGCACAAGCUAUGAGAGAUACGAGUGCUUUAAGGCACCUGAUUGGAUGCUAGACAUGUGGCAUCCAUCAGAGAAAGCAAUGUACCCAGAUUACUUUGCUAGGAGAGAACAAUGGAGGAAGCUGCGCCUUGAAAGUUGGGACAAGGAGGUCCAGCAGCUUCAGGAAGAAACCCCACCUGAUGGUCCCAUUACUGAAGACUUGCCUCCCGCUCGUAAAGAGGGACACCUGCCCCCUCUCUGGUGGCCCUACGUAACUAAGCCUCGCAGAUACCCGUUGUAAAAGAGCUCCUUUCUGAAUGGUUUUAUCUAAUCCCACAAAAUGGUCUGUGAGCUCCCUGCAGCCGGUCUUCUUGUAUUACUGUACUAGAAAACCCAAUAAAAGUCUGAUAUAAGCUGAACUGUGA